GUGGGGUUAAAAGCCAACAUCUGCUUCAUUGAAGUAGUACUGCACUAUGUGCCGAGGCAGUCUGCAUAUCUUGAUAUCUCGACUUGACUGUGUCUAACUGUUUUGGUGUUGCCAGUUUCUUCUUUUUUCUUGGAUAUAAAUGACUGAUUGCCAAAUGGUUUCCUCAGAUUUUACAGCAGAUGAGAAGAUGGAGAUUGAGAGCAUUAAGACGCAUAAGAAAGACCUUCUGGAUGAUAUCCAGAAGUUAAAAAUGGAGAUAGACAACGUCAUGGCGGAAAUACUCAGCUUUGAGUCUGCAGAGGAAAACAAGACCAUAGAGAAGAGCAAGCAGUUCUCAAAUGGGAAGAAGAAAUUCAACAUGGACCCUAAAAAGGGUAUGAAUUACCUGGUGGAGAAUAAACUGCUGGAUAGAAGUGCUCAGUCCAUCGCUGAGUUCCUCUACAAGGAGGAGGGUCUCAACAAGACGGCCAUUGGGGAAUUUCUUGGAGAAAGGGAGGAGCUCCACCUCCAGACCCUGAAGGCCUUUGUAGAGCUGCACGAGUUUUCCGACCUCAACCUGGUCCAGGCCCUCAGACAGUUCUUAUGGAGUUUCCGUCUGCCUGGUGAAGCCCAGAAGAUCGACCGCAUGAUGGAGGCCUUCGCCACACGCUACUGUGACUGCAACAUUCGCGUCUUCCAGUCGACCGACACGUGCUACAUCCUGUCAUUUGCUAUCAUCAUGCUCAACACCAGCCUCCACAACCCCAAUGUGAAGGACAAGACUACUCUGGAGCGUUUCAUCUCCAUGAACAGGGGCAUCAACAACGGAGAGGAUCUACCUAAUGACCUGCUCUCGAAACUGUAUGAGAGUAUUCGCAACGAGCCUUUCAAAAUCCCAGAGGAUGAUGGGAAUGAUCUGACUCACACGUUCUUCAACCCUGACAGAGAAGGCUGGCUCCUCAAGCUUGGUGGUCGGGUCAAGACCUGGAAGAGGCGAUGGUUCAUCCUGACUGACAACUGCCUCUACUACUUUGAGUUCACCACUGAUAAGGAGCCCAGAGGCAUCAUCCCUCUAGAGAACCUUUGUGUGAGAGAAGUGCCAUAUCCUCGUAAACCGUACUGUCUGGAGCUGUACAACCCCAACAGUCGAGGGCAGAAGAUCAAAGCAUGUAAAACAGAGACAGACGGCAGAGUGGUGGAGGGGAAGCACCAGUCCUACACCAUCUGUGCUGCCAGCGCAGAGGAGAGAGACUCCUGGAUCGAGGCCAUCAGAGCAAGUAUCACCAAGGAUCCAUUCUACGACUUGGUCUCAGUCCGUAAGAAGAAGGUGAUAAAUCAAGCUCCUCAGGACUAAGCUGUCCAGCGCCCCCCAUGGACAUUUAUGGUACAGUGGGAUUCAGUCCCCCUUUAAGUUGUAUUAAGCACCCUGCAACACAACUGAACGAGGACAGUGGAGGCCAGACACUGACGGUGGUCGUUUAGUCUAAAAGAGGGACUUCUCUUUCCACUUCCCUUUUUACAGUCUGAACUAAACAGUGUCACAGGUGAAAAACGUUGACUCAUUUUUGUUGCUCUCACUGUUAGUAGGAACUGAAUCUUGGUCAGUUCAUGUUGUGGACUGAGCUGUGUGUGGAUAUUUGUAUUUUUCUGUUAACAGAAUUUUUUUUUUAAAUGGCAGUGCAUUCAUUGCACGGUCUGAUAUCUUCUACCAUGAAAAGUUGAUUUGCAGUUGAGGUCUGUCGGCUCCACAAGGUUUAGAUUCUAGAAGCAGGAAGACAAACUAAGCACGUGAUCUCCCAGCAGUUCUAUGUAUGCUAUAAAAAGGCAAGACAUUUCAACAGUUCUCAAAAAUAGACAUUUACAAGUAAAGUAGCAGCUUUACUUCUGUCCAGGAGAUCAUUAUUUCUUGCAUGAAAAGAGAGCGCUACAUUUUACGCUACUGUUACAGUUAAGUGUCAUCUGACGACGGUGGCUUAUGCUUAUUUUGUAAAUAUAUAUAUAUUAUUUUCAGGCAUUUUGGGGAAUUAAUUUUUUUGUUGUUGUUAAAUACUUUGGAGUGACAUAGAACACUUGUUCUAAUCAGACCAAGCCUGCAUUUUUUAACAUUCCACCUACCUUUAUAGCCCAGUGCAAUAAGUGCAAUAUACAUUCUGUUUGCUUAGAUUUAAUUGCAAUGUGUACACUGUAGUAUAUGAAAGAAAUCUUUUAGCUGUCAUUGUAAGUACUGUAUUUGUUAUGUUCUCAUGAAAUAAUUAUUUAAUAAAAAGUAUUCAGGUGCCUGUUGA